GCCCGAGCUGGCAAAGCAGAUCUCUAGAGCUUCCUGCUGCGUCUUGGUACUAAUAGAGCCGCCGUCACCUCAACGUGGGAGUAGUUUGAAAACCUGUUGCAUAGGCGCUUCCAAGCGGGGCGGUCAGCUCUUGUCUCGAUUCCUAGCGUUCCUGCAUGCGUUUAGCAGUACUUUAGAGAGGUCUGUGGCGUACACAAAGCUGAUCUUUUUGUUGGGCACGUUCCCAACUGUAGCCAGAUAAAUCGAAAGGGGCACCAGAAUUCGUGGCAACUGCUUUAGAUCUGUGGCUUUUGAUCUUCCAGCGCAAUGUCAGCGACACGUGCCGCAUCCCUCUUUGAGCCAGGAACCUUUGUGAAUUUCCGCUGUGCUGCACACGCGUGCCCCACCCGGGGUGCGGCGGAGGCACCAGGAUGCUCCUUCUCGCACAUGCCUCUGCAGGCACAAUCCCGCCGGCAGUGGCAGCCCUCCAAGUCCCGAUCAUCUGGAUUGGGGCCCAGAAGUCAGUGGUGUGCCUCACAGCAGCUACAGGGCGAAAGUGGCUGUGAUCGAACGCACUCUCUUUCUGCAGCCAAUCAUUUUGGCGGGCACUUGCUAAGAAUAUUGCAAACCGGAACUGGAUGCGCAUCAAGCAGAAGCGAGCGGCGAUACAGGGGUGGUGUGCGCGCAGCGAUCAACAUUGACCGCAGGCGACACCUGGAGGAGGCGUUCAAGCGCCAGCUGGAGCUGGAGGCGCAGGCGGAGGAGGACAGCGGGACGUGCCCUGUGGACUGCGUCACGCCGGUGCGCAACCUAGCCGAGUUUCAAAAGGUGCUCGACGAAGCGGAGGCCAGCGACGACCUGGUGGUGGUGGAUUUCUACAAUGCUGCGUGUGGGUCGUGCAAGUACAUCCUGCCGCAGUUCGUCAAGAUGUGCAAGAGCGGGGGGCAGGGCGCGGGGGGCAUGGGCGGGGUCGUCUUUGUGAAGCACGACGUGAGGGACGAGUAUGACGAACUCACGGACCUGGCCCGCUUCUACCGCAUCCGCAUGGUGCCCAUGUUCGCAUUCUUCCAGGACGGCAGCCGCAAGGAGCAGUUCGCCACCCGGGACAAGCAGAGGGUGGAGCGCACCAUCAAGGCAUUGCUGAACCGGCGGAAAACGUUUCAGGAAACUUAUGGAGAUAGAAGUGAGCACGAAAAGACCAAUGGGGAUAGCUGAGUGCGGCUAGAUGCUACUGUUUGAUGCACUAGUGAAUACGUAAAAUAAGGGGAAAAGCUCUUAUCAUCAAAAGGUUCAACGUUCCAGUCAAUUGAUUGUGUUGUAUGUCUUAGUCAUAGGUUGUCGGAUCGUCCAUCAACAAUCAGGUCAAAUGUUUGGUAUUAGAUGUCCGACUGUACAGUGUAACUUGAAACGCUUAGUGCCGAGGCUAGACGCUAGCCGAGCAGGAAUAUAGAUCAGGUUUGCAGUGAUUGUACGUUCGAAAGCAAGGUAGUCCGCGUUUCCGGAUUCUGGCCUCAGUGCGAUAGUCACAAACCGGCGCGGCCAAGAGUGAUGGGCGCAUCCAAUCGCUUAAGUUGCAUCAGAUCCAGGCCCACCGUGCAUCAUCUUAAGGCGAGGCGACC